GGUGCAACAAGUUAGGUGCGCAAAGGUUUAUAAAACAACUUGGUGAAUCCGGAAAUUCCGAGGUGAUCGUGACGUUACAUCACCGCUUACUGACGUCAAUGCUUGAAAAACCUCUUUGGUGGAACUUUUCAUCACUUUCAUCUGUUGUCGUUCUGCAGCUCACGUGUGCGUGACAGGGUUUCUUAUGUUAAAAAGAAAAAACAAGGGGUCAUGUUUCUUUAGCUGGCGCGUAAACAGAAACUUCCUCGCCUUUUCCCUCUCGCCGUUUGCAACAAAGUGGAACGGGUACACUGCACAAAUCCCUAUUUUCAUGCUGAACUACUACAAAAUAUGGAGGCAAAUAAUCAUUUCAACUAUGGCACCCAUUCCUCAGCAAACUCAGGAUCGAAACGUUCCUCAGGGGAUUCUCUUUAUACAAAUGGUUCCUCCAUGAGUUUUCCUCAGCAAGGAAAGAAUAUAAAUGGCGAAAUGAAUGUGAACGGCAUCACUACUGUACUCGGGUCCAGUGCACCUGCUUCCCAACCACCUUCCAGUCCUUACCCACAUAUCGGCAACCACCACCAGAGCAGCAUGGACUACCUGUGGGGAGGACAUCCUCAGUACAGUCCAACCAUGGCCACCUCUCCAGGGCAUAGUUUGCACCAAAAGCAGCCGGCACCAGGUAUGGUGGCACCUCAGUCACAACAUCACUUCCAGGCUCAAGGACCGUACCAAGGGAAUGGGGAUAUGGAGACCCCCCAGCAGUCACCAAUGGCAGGCCCAUCAAAUAUGCCCCCAACCAGCAGUCAGUUCUGGAACAGAAGUAACCCUUCCACUCAGGCCGCUGGUUACAAUUCCCGCAGCGCGUAUGGGACGUAUGAGAGUCAGUCCCCUCCAUCACAGCAUCACCUCCAUUCCCACCUGCGGCCACCCCUUCACCUCCCGCAGCAAUAUGGCGUAAUGUCAAAUGGGAUGCCGUACUACCAGCAGCACCACACAGUUCUGCCAACUCCCCAGCAGACAAAACAGUCUGUGGGUCCAAGGUUGCAAAAUUUUGCACCCUCGCAUGACACAGAGAGGGGACCCUCAAGAGCAGUGUCGUCAUCAGCGACUGUGGAGGAUGGAGGAUCUCUCAUGAGCAGGGAAAAGCCCACCCAUGGUAGCAACACAUCUCCUUCCAUGCAAGUGGAUACUAGAGAGGACGGCAAGGAAGCAAACGCAGAUGGUAAUCGCUCAGAGGAGGCAGCUGCCAGACAUACAGUUGAUCACCACGAGAAAUGUGAAAAGCCGACUGCCCCACUACCAGAGGGCAUCAGAGAAGCUGGAGCAAGCACACCUCCUCGCACAACACUCACUGGAAACGUAUCUGCUGCAACAACGUCUCUGAAUAAGGUGUCUGCUGCGUCGACUGUUGAAUCUCCCAUGGCUUCCUCUCUAUCCACUAUUGGUUCUUACCCUGAUGUCGAAUCUACUCCACCCAAGGCAUCAUCAGUUCCUCCUCCCAGACAUUCCUCACCUCCUUUCCCUCCUGCUACCGAGAUAGCACUUCCGGGAUCUAAACAGCUGUUGGCAGGGUCCCCUCCUUCCUCUUCCCCCGCAACACAUCCAAAGUUUUGUCCACCUCCGGGCUUGACUGACAGUGUUUCUGGACAUCCUUGGGUUUCUUCGUCUUCAUCUGAGUCUCAGUUGCAUCAUUCAGUUUCUGGACCAAAAACAGCUGUCUUAGCACCUGCCGUAGUGUCCACAUCAUCUUACGCUGGUUCUACACCCAUCUCCUCUCUUCAACAAAUGGUUCAAGGCUCCAAGAUCCCUCUGUUGUCUGCUGGAAACUCAAACCCAUCAAUAUGUGAUCCAUCAGGUAGCGUCUGUUCUUCGAUCACGUCACCAUCGGGAGGGUCAUCUGCUGGCAUGUUGCUCCCAUCACAUGGAAUGUCUUCUGCUGGCGGUAAACACGCAGCCAUGCCCCAGCAUGACUCCUUGUACGCGGCGCCAGCUGUCGGCUCUGGUCAAGCCAUUGCUUCUGUGUCACCGCCACCAGAGGGGCUCAAUUUACCCUCCCAGCCAGCCCAGGAGGGACCCUCAUUCACUGCCCUACCUCCACAACCCACGCAGGGCUCCAGGGUUGCACCGGUCUCUUUCCCUUUCGCCUUGACAUCAGUGCUUCCCGCAACAUCUACCGAAAUGAUUCCGAGUUCUGAUUCUGCGCAUCAUCUUUCCACGCCAUCUCCUGUCAGCGUCUUAAAUCAGUUGCCUCUGUGGUCAGAACACCAAGGUCUCAGUACCAAGGAGAAAGGCUUAGUACUGAGAAUGGGCACAAUGGUGGUAGACUGUCUCCCUCAUCUCGAGUCAGGCAAAGUCAAGAUGCACAAAGCUUCCGACCCUCAGAAAUCGAUUGAUCUUCCAGAACAGCCUUUACUGACUGAGCGUCAGCCCAGCAAUACACAAAAGGGGCCAAUGGCCAGAGGCAACGUUGGUGAUGUGCCAAAUGCAGAGCAAACCCCAAGCAGAAUUUCGACGCUUCUUCACCGUCACAGUGCCAGACGCUCCUCCCUGACUUCUGAAACAAGUUUUGACCACUCUUUCCUCACCACCUCCCGAUAUGGUGACAGCUCAGCUUGCAGCACGCCGUCAAGACUCUAUAGCAGUUGCCUCUUAGAUAAGUCCUCGGCUAACACCACCUCACGCCUGCAUGACUCCAGCAGCUUUGGCAACAGCUUUCACCUGGGAAAUGACACGUCCCAUACAGAAGAGCAACCAUCUUCUAUUUAUGAGACCACGAGAGACGGCAGGUUGUCGGUGGACUUUUCAAGUCUGAACUCCACCCACGAAGCGCGGGAGUCCAUGUCUUCUAUGAAUAAUACUUCAUUUGGGGCAUCUCAUCCACGUCACCAAGCAGGCUGGCCUUUCGUAGGUCUUCAUGCAGCAGACACGGAAGCAGUCAGUAAAAGACCCACAGCAAUCGAGAUCGUGACUCCGCCAAGCUUCAAGAUGAGAGAUGAGAACUUCAUUGCCUUCAGCACCCCGGCACAAAGACUCGCUGUACACCCGCUGCAGCCAGUCACAGAUCAGGUGUUGUCAGCCACUGGAGGACGCCUGAAAAACAGAGGAAAAUCUUGCAAACCGCAGUCGCCAAAGGCUUUAUGGAUCAGUAAAUCAGCUCCAGAGGAGGUCAAGAGAAAACCCCGUGGUCGAACACUAAAGGUGGAGAAGAUCAAUGCUGAAGAAGGUGACAUCAAAGAGGAGGGGCCCAAGAAAAGACAAAGAAAAGCGUCUCUUAGACCAGAACAGGUCCAAGGAAAAUGUGGCCAGACUCCGCCUGAGGAAAUUGAUUCCAUCACAGCCGCCAUCGACGCGGUUCUUGCCAACACGUCAGCCAUCAGCUCACCCUUUGACAAGCCCAAGACGUUUAAAAGGACAAAGAAACAGGAGCAAGAUGGAAAGAACACGACCGCGUCUAAAGACGAUGCUGGAGCAGCUGCCAGCGAUGCUGAGGACAAUGAAGAGGAAAGUGCUACAGCAGGGAAAGGCGAACCUAUCAGGAGGAGGGUUGCAACUGAACAGCAGGUCCAGUUUGCGCUGCUUCAUGGAUGGAAGCGAGAGAUUCGCGUGAGGAAGUUGAAUGAUCGCAUGAAAGGCGAAACCUGGUAUUACACACCUUGCGGACGAAGAAUGAAGCAGUUCCCUGAAGUUAUUAAGUACUUGAAGAAACACCAAGGUGGCGUUGUCACCAGAGAACACUUCAGUUUCAGCCCGCGUAUGCCUGUUGGAGACUUUUAUGAAGAACGGGAAAGUCCUGAGGGUGCGAAGUGGUUUCUCUUGGCUAAUGAGGAAGUUCCUUCUAUGAUCAUGGCCAUCACUGGCAGGCGCGGCCGACCGCCGAACCCGGACAAAGAGAAACCAAGCAGGCUUCGGGGCGUGAAGGCAGGCCAGCCCCGCCGGCCAGGUAGACCCCCCAAACCCAAGAUGAUUGACUUCCUUAGCAAAGUUGAUGCCAAGCUGUUGAAGAGACUUGAGGAUAAGGAAUCACUCACUGAAGACGAAAAGGGGAGAAUGACAAAAAUCAAGAAGAAGAUGAAGAGAAAGGCCAGAAUAAGAAGAAGGGAAGAUGCACAAAUUAAAAAGACAAGAGAGGACAAAAAAAGAGCAAAGCAAGAGACCAAGAGUUUGGAAGUGAAGGCUGAACCUCAAGAGCUGGCAGCCCCUCAGUCAACUGAGCUUACACCCCAGUCUGUCAGUGAGCCCAAAAAGCCCGGUAGACGAAGGUCCGUCAAAGUUGAGGUUCCGCCUCCCGUCCAGCAGACGGAUGAAGAGAGAAUAGCCCAAGGCAAGAGGGUGCUGAGUGCCCGCGGUAAAGCCAAGGCUCUGGCCAAAGCGCAGGCCGAGGCAGAGGCAGCAGCUCGGGCCGCCCUUGCGGCCAAGAAAACCGCUGAAAGGCGAGUGCAGACGCAGAGGCGGCUGGAGGAACGCAAGAGGCAACAGCUCAUUUUAGAAGAGCUGAGGAAACCCACUGAGGACAUGUGUCUCACUGACCACAAACUCCUGCCAGAGCUGUCCCGUAUCCCCGGCGUGGUUCUCUCAGGCACAGCUUUUGCCCACCUCCUGGCUGUGGUAGAGUUCCUUCAUGGUUACGGAAAGUUGAUUGGCCUCAACGUACCCAAGGACAUCCCCAGCCUUGCGACCUUGCAGGAAGGUCUGCUCGACAUGGGGGAAAGCCAGGGGGAAGUUCAAGAUCUGCUAAUAAAACUCAUGGAAGCUGCACUCCGGGAUCCCGGCCUGCCAUCAUAUUAUCAAUCAGUAAAGAUCCUUGGAGAUAAGCUGGUUGAGCUCCAGCUGACCCGCAGCACAGUUUCCGAGGUACUCCGCAUCUUUCUGGAAUCUCAUGGCUAUGAGACAGAGGUGUGCAACAUGCUGAGGACAAAACCCUUUCACACCCUGCCGCCCGAAACCAAGGCAGCUGUGCUCGGUUUUGUGGCGGAGGAGCUCAACGGUAGCAACGUAGUGACAAGUGACAUUGACAACACACUAGAGAACAUGACGACCUACAGGAAGAACAAGUGGAUUAUUGAGGGGAAACUUCGCAAGCUGAAGGCCGCACUGGCGCGUCGCACUGGCCGCUCAGAAGAACAACUCUGCAUAGAGGAAAGACGACGCAGUGCCCGAGUGGCUGAAGAGGAGAACCUCUCUCUGGAAGAGAGUGUGGAGAGAAGCAACCGCCGUAUUCGCAAAGAAGAGCCCAAACUAAGUGAUAGUGAAAGCCCUGCAAAUGCCAGCGUCCAUGACCUGGAAAGGCAGAUAGAUAAGCUAACCAAGCGACAAGUGUUCUUCCGUAAAAAGCUGCUUCAGUCGUCACAUUCCAUGCGAGUGAUAAUGUUGGGCCAGGAUCGUUAUAGGCGGCGAUAUCUGGCUCUCCCUCACCUCGGAGGAAUCCUGGUCGAGGGUCCUGAAGAGCUUCUGACCUCCGGGGAUGUUGUUAUAGCAGAGGUGCCAGUCACUUUCCUCAAAAAGGAGCCCAAAACUGAAGAGGUGCCCUUGGCCACGACGCCACCUCAUGCCAUACCUUCCUCACCAGCCUCCGAGACCCCUCAAGCCCAAACAUUGUCCCCAGAGGAAGACUCGCUCCCUGGUACCGCGUCCCUAAUGAGCACCCAAAAAGGACGAGGACGGCCCCGAAAAAUCAAACCUGAAGUGGAGCUCCACCUCCGCACGGCAAAGAUUCGCCGCCAGCGGCGAAGUAGCGUCAGAUUGGCGGAAGAAGAUGGGCCGGCGUCUCCGGUCACCACGUGUACUCAAGACCUCUCGCAGUCUGCUUUUCUCAGUUGGCUCAGCCAGUCGGGGCAUGCGCUACCCAGUGACGCCUACACAGCAGAGCCUCUAGAGGGCAGUCAACCAGAGGAGAGCGUGAAGAUUGAGGCAGAUGAUCAGAGCCAGUCGUUCAAACAACCAAGUGACGAAAACCCUCAGAGUGAGCCUCAGGUGCCAAGUACACCACCCACACUUGAUGCUCCACUAAUACAGUCGGACGCAGUCACAGCAUCCAUUGGCGAAGCACCUACUCACCCAGAUACCCCGGCGGCACCAGAGGAAGGUCCCGCUCUCACACAAAUGCCCUCCAUUCCUGAUUGUUCGCCUCCACCGUCUGCUCCCCUUCCUUCUGCUCAAACCCCCCCUACACCACGGACUCCGACCACCCGCGCCAGGCCGGGUCGCAGGCGAAGGAGGGGCAGUAGAGGAAGUAGCCCCGCUCGGAGGGGCCCGCGUGGAGCCGCGGCCAAACGCAGAGGGCGCCCUCUCGUUUCUGCUUUCCAAGAGCUUGAGCAGCAGUACUUUAUACAGUUGGUUGUGAAGCCCAUACCAGCAUCAAUGGUGCGUGGCUGGUGGUGGAUCAAGGAUCAAGAUGAGCUGUUCAGCACACUACAGGCUCUCCAUCCACGAGGCAUCAGAGAAAAAGUGCUCCAUAAACACCUAGCCAAACACAUGGAGAGUUUAACGGAAAUGUGCACCAGAGGCAUCAGUGAUCCAAUGUUUGAAAUAAAGGAGGAGAAGAAGGAGGUACUGCUACAGGCUUUGCAGCAACCAUGGCAAGUACAGGACAAAGCAAUAGAGACGGACAACAGCGCCCUACGGUGGGUAGAGGACCUGGAGCAGCGAGUCAUUGGUGCUGACCUUCACCUGAAGGCCCCCCCUCCUCAGAGUAUAGUCAACGACGUAGAAUCUAGCACAGAAGCACCAGCUGUAGAAUUUCAGCCCUACACAAUCCCAGAGCGGGACUCCACCCGGACUGACCUCCAGUACUACGAACACGACACCGACCCGCGAGAUGACUGGAUCGUCCGAACCAAGAAGGAGUGGUCUGGCCUGCCUCGCAUCGCCACUCAUCCGCUCGACUUGGCCGUGCUACGCCUUGCCAAUCUUGAGCGUAACAUCGAGAGGCGCUACCUGAAGGAGCCGCUCUGGAACCCAGCUGAGGUGAUGCGCCUCGCUCCUCUCACUCCGACGCCAGGAGAAGAGCAACCUAUGGAUGUCAUUAGUUUGGAAAGUGAGAUCACAUCCAGACUCAGAACGUGGCGGCAGGCCUUGGAUCGCUGCCGCAGUGCCCCUCAGUUGUGCCUGUGUUUGCUGCAGCUAGAGAAAGCUAUUGCCUGGGAGAGAUCUGUGACUAAAGUGACAUGCCAGAUCUGCAGGAAAGGUGACAAUGAUGACUGCCUGCUGCUGUGCGACGGCUGCGAUCGAGGCUGUCACAUGUACUGCCUGAGGCCCAAGAUCGCCCAGGUGCCUGAGGGAGACUGGUUUUGUCCAACUUGUGUUGCCAAGGAGGAAAGUGCAUCACCACACUCAAAAAAGCGCACCAGGAUGAAAAAGAAGCGUUAUGAAGAAAACAGUUCAGAUGACGAUACAACAACUCGGCGGACCUCGGGUAUGGCAACACGGCACAAAGAGGCAUCGACCAACGCAUCGGCGGCGACCUCUUCGUCUUCGCGGCAUUCAGGAGAAAGCGGGGCGGCCAAGCGGCGCCGCAUGGCAACGCGUAACCAGCCGGACCUCACUUUCUGCGAGAUCAUCCUGAUGGAAAUGGAGGCUCACGCAGAUGCUUGGCCGUUCCUCGAGCCCGUUAACCCCCGCCUGGUGCCGGGCUACCGUCGCAUUGUCAAGAAUCCUAUGGACUUCCUUACCAUGAGAGAAAGACUGCUGCAGGGAGGGUACUGCAGCUGUGAAGAGUUUGCGACAGAUGCUCAACUGGUCUUCAGCAACUGUGAGCUGUUCAACGAAGACACCUCUGAGGUGGGGAUGGCGGGACAUUCCAUGCGGCGCUUCUUUGAGAGCCGCUGGGCAGAGUUCUACUCGAACAAAGAGAAAUAGAACUCUGCAAGAUUCUCACCAAUGGUGAGGACUGUUGGUGCUGUCACCAACCCUGCAAGAGGUGUUACUAAGACUGUCAGGUUUCUCCAGCUAUGUGUAUUCCUCAUCUAAAGGUCUUUUUUGGUAGGUUUUUUCUUUUGGGCUGGGCUUUUAUUAAGGCCUGCAACUGAUCUGACUUGAAUUUCAUACACAAACACCCUCACUUCAGCCCCUGUGUGUGUCCUCACGCCACUCCCUUUCACAAGUCCGAAUUUGGGGUAGACUUUGGGUCAGUCUCCCCUCUAGGACAAAGACUCUAAAUAUGGAUUUCCCUUGUUCAUUGCGUUUUUCCAUCUGAGCGACUGCAAACUGGACCUGCUUCGUAACACCCAUUAAAAAAAAGCCAGGCCAUGUUGUACCUGUUCGAAUUGUAACGUGGUUUAUGCCUAGGUUUUUUUCCCCCCUCAAUAUAUUUUUAUUAUAUAUUCUAUAUAUAAAUAUAUAUAUAAAGAUGACAAUAGCUGGGAUUAUUUAAUAGCAAUAGUGUGUAGUUAACAUGUACAGGUGAACUCAUAGACUUGUCUAGACGAUUAUAUGAAAAAGGCCAGUUGAUCGAAAACAAACCAUGAGUACAAUUUGUGCAACCGCUACUUAGCCGCGCAUGCACGUUCACGCUGCUGCUGUGUGAAAGACACUGGUGGACUUGUGAUGGUGGGCAGUGUGUGUGGAUUCCACUCUCGAGUGACACAGCAGGCUGUACACUGAGUGUAUAGAAAUGUGCUACUUGCACUAGUUUGUGCUUUAAGGAUCUGUUGUAGGGGCAACCCACGCUGAACGCUUGCUCUUGAGACAAGAUGACAGGUUUGUUUAAAAUGCACCUUGACUUGAGUAUUUGUCUGAAAACGUGCAAACAUCCAAUUUUGGUCAUGUUAAGAUUGUACAGAGUAGAAAUGCAGAAGAGCUCCGAAGUACUGGCUACAUUCUCACCUGGUUACAUCCUUCUUUUGCAUCACUUUAUGUGCUGUGCACGAGUCAGCGUUCCAUGGGGCACUGUUAUGGGACUGCGGCGGGACUACACCGCAGUCCACUUUUUAUUUAAACUUGUUUCUUACACUGACCUCUGAUCAGCUUGUAGAAUAUACAUAUUAUUCCUAUUCAAAAAGAUAAAAAAACAAAAAAAAGGACCAGAAAACCAAAUGUGGUGUUACGUGACUUUUUCAUAAUGUACAGUUUUGGUGACAUUAAAUUUUGUUCCUUUAUAUUUUUAGGACCAAUUCAUUUUUAACGGGAUGUAUUCCAAGACUCUGUUGUAUUAAGGUGAUGUAACAUGUGUGCAUCUGUAGAAUGUACUGUGAGUUGAAUAAAUAAAAAAUAAAAAAUAUCUAGUA